UAAGAGAGAAAAAAAAACUCAACGUGUUUAUGUGCAUGAAAGUUUACAUUCGAAAUGAUAGCAUUGUCAUUCCUUGUUCGUGUCUGUCUCGGUUCGUUUCCAAAAAUGCACUUAACCUUUCCGGCAUAUAGGUAUUACAGUUAAUCCCCUACAUACGUUCGAUAAAAUACGCCCGUCACCGCCGUAACCGCAGAAAAUAUCACAUUCCACCGUGUGUGCGUGUGUGUUUGGUUCCGUUCCGUUCGCGUUACGUUUAUCAGACACGCAACGCGGUCAGUCUUGUGGUGUAGUCUGGCGAGAGAAGAUCCCGCCGAGGCAUACUUCCGGAAAGAUGGCGGCCUACAUAGUGAUACCGGUGAUCGUGCUAACGAUAAUGGCCAUUUGGUUUAUGGUGUACAUGUACGACAAACGAAUAAAACCCACAUUUAGUUCAACAUCGACACCGGCUACGACAACCUGCACAAACGUACGGCAGGAAGGUGGUAUAGUGUACACAAUUUCCAACACACCCAACAACGGUGGGGCGCCCGGUAUGGCACGCCCUGCCUCGGAUCUGAACAGUGGUGCCACACACAUCCGCAUCGAGCCCGAUGGACGUGGUGGUCCACCGCCGCAGUACGGUGGCUACACGAGCCAGAAUUUGAUCGUUGUAACGACAAUACCAAGAGAUUUGCCGCCAUCGUACGAUCAGGUGGUAACGAGCAGGAACGAUCCACCGAUCAGUAGUAGUAGUAACGAUACGGCAGUAUAA